CCGGUGACAGGUGUGUGUUUGUUUGAUAGUGAUGACAUUUUCCACUCAUCGUGAAAUGAUAUUAACAUGUUAAAGACCAUUGUGCGAACGUUUAACUGGCCAACGUUUCUUUUGCGCUGCAUUUUACUUGAUGACGCGUGGCAGUUGGUGGAGGUUUGUGUAAAUAAUGGGCCGAAUCAAGUGCGGAGUUUAUCGUGAUAGUGGAUUCACGAAGAAACGGGAUACUCCCGUUAAAGCGGCGCUGGGUGGACGACACAAGCACAGAAGAUUUCUGCGUAGUAAGCAUUAUGAGGCACUUCCAGAAGAACCUGAGUUGGAGGAGACAACUGUUAAACCUUCAAGUACAGUUCUGACUAGCAGUAAACCUGUCCAUCUCACAGCUGUGUUUCACGGGAGCAGUCCUGCACAUAGGAGAAGCACCAGACACACAAAAAGUGGCAAUGAAAGAAAACCUGGCCACCAAGCGCCACCAGCGGGGCACACAUCCGUUCGGGCGAAUCACAAACCAGAGGCUUUUAAAGGUCGUGAAAUCUCAGCAGAAGAAGAACCGCCGAUCAAAGAGGAAGAAGAACAAAGCUUGACAGUGACUCCAAAAAGCCCCAUGUCUUCAGCCACAGAGUCUGACACAACUCUCAGCUUUGAUAAUGACGAGGAAGACUGUUACUCCUCUACCUCUUUGUCUUCUAGCAGCCUGCCCUCACCAGAGACCUUCAGGAAAGAGCACUACGUUAAGGAGGAGCUGCUCGGUGUCAGUCUUCAAGUGAAAAACUCCACCUUGCUGGAUGUGAGCCAUGCUGAGACCAUCCAAAUGCAUCAUAACCCCAACAUCUCUUCUAUUGUUGAUGCCUCCACGAUUCUUGCUGAGAAAAACUGUGAGAACAGAAGCAACUACAGAGGACCUGAAGUUGAGGCUCAAAUAAAACCUGAACCAUUUACAUCAGCAAAUCAGGGACAAGUGUUCAAGAGGAAAAGCCCAGCGAUAACAACCAGCAAAAGACAUCUUUCAUUCAAGAAGAAAGUGUCGUUCAAAUGCCCCCUCGUAGCUGUGGUCCCUGAAGCCAAACAUGUCCCAGUUAUAAAAUUAACUGUGAACAAUGUCGUCAGUGAUACGGUCCCAACAUCCAGCCCGGCCGAGCUGAUGAAGCCUGAUAAGGAAACGUCCGGAGCGGGCGAGUUAAAUUCUGGAGACGGCACAGUGCACGUGAGAGUGGCGCUGAAAAGGCCUGUAAAACGUAGCCUGGAGAAAGCCAAGUUCUUUGACUUUGCCGGUGAUGGUGACAGGGAUUUAUUCUUUCAGCGGAUGAGGGAGAGGUGCGUCAAACUCAGAAGUAUUCCUUUGUUUCCUCUCUCAGUCCCAGAGAGCAUGGACACAUCUGUUUUAUGAAAUGUCCAUAAUCUUUUUACUAAAAAAAACCCCAGAUGUAUGAAAUUAAAUCAUAUUAGUGUUUAAAUGUGUUAUUUAAAAAAAAUUGUACAUGGAAUUUUAUAUUCACAUGAGCUUUGGCUGCUAAUUACAUAUAUCUUUGUGUAUUUAAAUGUGUAGUGUGAUAUGUGACCACUAGGUGUCAUCGCCGUACUCUAACUUGACCCAGUCCUGUCCUGAUGGUUGUUUUUUCCAUUGUAUGUGAAAUAUAAAUGUUGUUUGUUAUCUUCAUAUGUAUGUGUAUGUGUUUGAUAUUGUGUGUUUAUUGUGUGUUUGUUUCAAUUCAAGUGCUCAAAUGUUUAAUGUAAAGUAAAUAAAGUUUUAAAUGUAA